AUGAAGUCAAAAGCUGCUCCUAAAUCUUCUGCUCCAGCAACAACAAAGGUUCAGCCGGGUGAUACCUUGUGGAGCAUUUCGUCUCGCGUUCAUGGAACUGGAGAAAAAUGGAAGGAAUUGGCAGCACUAAAUCCACAUAUAAGAAACCCCAAUGUUAUUUUUCCGAAUGAGAUGAUUAGAUUGUGCUGA